AUCGAUGGCGUCCUUUUCGUACUUUGGUCUUGAAUAUGGUAGUUACAAAAAGAGAGAGUAGAUGUAAGUAUUUCGCCUCGAGGAGCGACUCGGGUUUCAGAAGAAACUCAAGGCUGUCAAGGCAAAAACUGCGGCAACUCCCGCGUAGACCUAGAUCAAGGUUAAGGUUUUAUUGACUACAUGAUUAAUGUGGGUUCUAAUAGACGUCAACUUCCGUCUUGUAACUACUGCGAGCACUGCAUUAUUUUUCAGCAUUCGACAUUCAUCUCGUUCUACGGACUUGACGCACAUUCCUUCAUGCCUGCAGUAAAACGUAAACGUUCAAUAACACCUUUGACAAAUGUUGUACCAGUCUCGCUGUCCACAAAUGCUCAGGCUGGGCCGUCAUCUCCACAUGCUUCAAAGAAGCUGAAGCUACUUUCUGCAUACACUACCGCAUCUCCAUUUCCAUCCUUCCAUCAUCCAACAAACUCAGAAGCCACUGAAAUUCACGAACUUCUUGCUAAAUAUACGCCGGGCGGUGCACCUCGCCUUCGUGCGCCAUCUCCUUCAGCGAACGCUGCCAGAACGUGCGGUAGCGUACCCAAUGUCCUAGAAUCUCUCAUCGGCACUAUCUUAUCGCAGAAUACAUCCUCAGCUAACAGCACGCGUGCCAAACACUCCCUCGAUACCGCUUUCGGAAGGAAUGACUUCGCAGCUAUUGCAAAAGCUGCACGGCCGGACGUUGUUGCAGCCAUCGCAUCCGGGGGCCUCGCGAACAAGAAAGCUAAAACAAUACAAGACAUACUGGAGAGCGUGAAACAGCGUCAUGGCGCUUAUAACCUUCAGCAUCUCGCGGAUGUCCCUGACGAGGAAGCCAUGCGAGAGCUUGUCUCUUACAAUGGCGUUGGACCUAAGACGGCUGCAUGUGUUUUGUCGUUUUGUCUUGGAAGAGAGUCAUUUGCUGUCGACACCCAUGUUUAUCGGUUAAGUCGUCUUUUAGGCUGGGUACCCCAGAGUGCAGACCGAGUGUUAGCGCAGGCACACCUUGACGUGACCUUACCAGGCGAGUUGAAAUAUGCAUUGCAUGUCAUGAUGGUCAAGCACGGUCGUAUUUGCUCAGGUUGCAAAAAAGAUGGGAAAGGCAGUUGCCCCUUGAAAGAGUGGCUGAAAGAACACAAAGGUGUAAAAGCGGACGAAGUGGAGGAACGUGUCGUAGAGGCAGAAGAACACAUUAAAGAGGAAGAAAGGAAGCAGGUUAAAACAUCAGCUGGACGGUCGAAAAGAGUCAAGAAAAGUUGACAGUAUGAUUUUUAGAGGUGUAACGUGUAUAACUCCAGCGCCAUAUUGCUUAGCUUAAGUGUAUAUUAAUAUAUGCAUGUUGAGAUACUUCAGUAUCUGUGUCUUUUCUACCCAAGGAUUCAAAUAGUAUAGAAGCUUC